GCUCUGGGGCGGGGCCUGGAAUUCCCCGCCUUCACUCCUGUCCGUGCCUCAGAGCUUUGCCCUUGGGUGUUAGGCUCCUGACUACCGCGUUCCUUCCCUUUCUCUCCUGGCCACCGGGGGGCGCCCAGAUUGCAUCCUUUGGCUGGUCUAAGAGGUGGGACCCAGGAGACCCGGUGGAAAAGGGCUCGUGGGUGGUGCCUGCCUCUCCAGGCUUGGACUAGGUAGCACAGAUCAGGAACCUGGUUUAUUGGAGCACUAAGGCUUAGAAUCGUGGAAUUUUGGAACCCUGAAAUCUCCAUGUUUCCUUAAACCUUAGCAUCCUCUCUCCCUGUCAUAGGAUCAGAAUCAUGGAAUCCUAACAGCCACGUAGCUCCCCAAAUUCCACGGGUAGAUGACUGUGUGCUUUCUCUCUCCAAGCCUCAGUUUCCUUAUCCAUGAAAUGGGGAUAAUAACACUCAUUCACUUAGUAAAUAUUCCAGCAUAACAUGGGCUACCUGAUGGUGCCUGAAACCUUGCCAAAUGCUUCAUGGGAGAGCCAGGAUUUGGUCCCCCAGGAACUGAAUUUCUUGGGAAGUGAUGACAAGAGACACUUGGAAUGGUUGAGAAAAUUCUUGACUGGAGGGAAGGUCAUGGGAAGAGAGCUAUUCUGGGGUCAGGGGGCUUGACCCAGAAGAGCAGAUGAAAGGUGGCUUGGGUUGGUGUAGGUUGGAGUGGGAUGGCGUGGGUUGGUGUUGGAGGCCAAGCUGUGCCCAGAAUCCUUAAUUUGCCCUUAACAUGGCUGGGAAGGCCCUGCUGGUCUGCCCCUGUGCACCUCGCCAGCCUUGUCUUGCACCACACCCUGACCACACUCCAUCUCUGAGUUCCAACCACACUGGCCUCUCAGUUCUUCAAAUGUGCCAGGCUCCUUUGCUUCUCCAAGCCUUUGCACGUGCUAUUCGCUCAACCUGGAGCUCUCUUCCCUCACUCUUUGCCUGACAAACUCUCAAGACUUUAGGUCUUAAGUUAAAUGCUACUUCCUCUGGGAGACCAGGUUUAGAAUCCUUCCAGUUCAAAACACUUGCUACUGAUUUGUAGCUCUUACAGCAAUUGUGACUAAAUUGUAACUGUGAGUAUGUUUAGGCACCCACCUCCCCACUAAAACAUGAGCUCUAUGAGGGCAGGGACCUUGUCUGGUUCAUUGCUGAAUCUCCAGCAUCAAGAGUGCCUGGGACAUAGUAGGUACUCAGUGAAGAUUUGCUGGAUGAAGGAAUGACUGAGGCUGUGUUACCUGCAACAUGUGUUCCAAAAGCUUCCAGCAGAGUGGCAGGGCCCUGCUCCCCAUCCGUGUGUGUGUUGCCCCACACAGGCUGGGUAGUACUAUGUGCCAACAUCCUUACCAUGGGUGGCACUUGUGGCCCAGCGGCUAGUGUUCCCUGGCUCAUGGCUGUUCAUUAUUGUGCCUCUUCACUGGUCUUCGUCCUUGCAGAAUCUCCAUGUCAUUUUGUGCACUGUGGCCAGAAGGCUACAUCUUCCUAGCCCACACAUUGACGCUGUCCCUCCCCUGCUUGAAAACCUCCUAUGACCCCUCAGUGCCCCCAGAAUCAAGUCUAAGCUCCUUGGCUUGGCCUUUAAGUCCCUUGCCAGCUUCCUCGGCAGCACCUUCUACCCUGUGAGCCUCUGUACCUCUGCACGUGCAGCACCUGCUCUCUGCUUGGCCUCUCUUCCCUCCUGGUCUGCUUGAUGAGUUCCUGCCUGUCCUCCAACAUGCAUCAGGAGUCACUUUUUCUAAGAAAUAGAAAAACUGAGCCCCUAUGUGUAGGCUGUGAUCCUUCACAUGCGUUAUUUCUAACCCUUACAACAGUCCCUUUGGGAUAGGGAAUAGUAGCCCUGUUGUACAAGUGAGAAGAUUGAGGCUCAGAGAGGUUGAAGGACUUGCCCAAGGUCAUAUAGCUGAGGGAUCAUGCAGGUUGUCUGGUUAGCUUCUGAGUCUGGCCGUUAGCUUCUGAGUCUGGCCGCUGUCUACUCUUACCAGUUGGCUUUACUGUCCUCUGUGCAAAAUGAAUUAUUCCUUGGCCAUGUCGGCUGGAUGCCCCUAUGAUGCCUUUCUCACAGUGUUUACCACACAGUGUGUCUGGUCACUCUGCUUUCCUCACCAGACUGAGGACCCUUUCAGGUCCACAGCACCCAGCACAGGGCUUGGCACAGCUCCAGCCUUGAUAAGCUUUCAUGAAAUGACAAAAGAAUCCUAGAAUCUAGAAUCAUAGAAACCUGCUCUUUUCACAUUUGUUGGAAUCUUAGAAGCUGUGGGUGUUUGAUCCAUGGAAUUUAAAAAGCGAUUGCCUGAUUCAAACCGCACCUCCCCAAAAGAGCAGGGAUCGCCUUGGCCAUACAUGUGGCCAUUUUACUGCAUCUCUUGAAUUCUUGUUUGGAUGGGGUGGCCUUGGCUUUACGUAAAACCAAUGUAACACAUCUCAAUGGAACUUUUGGGGCUGCAGGAAAUUGCACACUGGGGAGUGUGUGUCAUGACUAGGAGGUCUCCUCCUCACACCUGGCUUCCUGGAAGCAGGAGAGCUGAGGAUGUGUGUCGUGGUGUGGCACGGUGCCCCUUCCCUUGUUCCUGCUUAUCACCACCCAGGGCCCUUCCUCUUGGACCCAGCUUGGCCCCUGGCACCUGACUCAGUCUCAUUCCUGCUCACACACAUUCAUACUGAGACACAGAAGAUCCGGCUGUGAUUUUUCGCCUGACAUGCCUCAGAGCACACGCUAGCACUUUGGUGUGAUGUCACAGGGAGCCAAGGGACAAGGGGCUGGAAGUGCAGGAGCAUCCUCUACUAGCAGUGGAAGCCUCACUCCUGCAGUGAUUUCAGGCUGGAGGUCAGAGAGCACAAGUGACACCUUGUCAGGUGGACAUGCUCUAUUGAGCCCACUGUAGACUCUCAACUGAGAAGGAGAAUCUAUUUGAUUCUAAAAAGAUGUAUCAACUAUAUAUAAAAUAGAUAAACAACAAGGACCUACUGUAUAGCACAGGGAACUAUAUUCAGUAUCUUGUAAUACCUAUAAUGGAAAAGAAUUGGAAAAAGAAUAUAUAUAUACACACACACAUGUAUAACUGAAUCGCUUUGCUGUACACCUGAAACAUUGUAAAUCAACUAUACUUCAAUAAAAAGUAAAAAUUUACAAAUUAGAAAAAAGAUGUCCUAAGAACCUACUAGAUGCCCAACCUCAUGAUAAGUGAUGUGGGAGACUAAUAAUAGUAAUGACAGCUUCCAUUUUUCAAAUUUACUGUUCCAGGCACUGUGUUAAGCACUUAACAUGCAUAAUCUCACUUAAUUCUCCCAACAACCCCAUGAGGUAAGUGUGUCUAUCCUACCUCACAGAGGAGGAAACUGAAGUUUUCAAAAAUUCCUCUGGAAGACUGCACUGGUAGUACAUGAGGAAAUACAGACGGAGCCACCUGACUCCUGGGCCCAAAUUCCAACCUACGUCCUCAAAGUCCCACUCUCUGGCUUCAGAAAUUGACAAAUUGCUUGGAGAGAUAAUGUAUAUGGAAAUGUAUGCCUCCUCCAGACUGUCCGAAUACACCCUUAGGAGGGCACAUGUUGCAAUACUAGGAAUGAUAACAUUAACUUCCUCCUCUUGGCAGAAUGCUCAAGAAACUUACAAAGCACAUUCAGAAGACUGUGGAAUAGUGGGAAAAACAGGAGAUGAGGGGUAUCAGACCCACUCAGGUUUGAUUCCCAGACCCUCUACCUCUUAGCUGUGUGACUCAGGGUGGUCACAGCCCUUUUCCGGGGUCUGCACUCGCCAGCGCAUAGGAAAUGAAUGCUCUGAGAAGGACAGUGGCUUCUCUAGGGUACCCUAGGGAGGUAGACUCAGAGCCAGCUGGUUCUUGGAGACUGCAAGGCGGUUUCCCCCUGCAGAGGUGGGGAAUAGGAGCCCUGGGCAACUCUCUGGGAAGCUGUGGUAAUCCCUUCUCCCUGGGCCCCCCUUUUCUGGGGGAAGUACUCCGAGUUCUGAGCUUUGAUUCCUGGUAGGAAAGAACCUCCGGGUCUCCCCUCGGGCCCACCUUCUUGCCCCCUGGACUAGGCCAGACCAGUUGUUGGUGGUAAGAUGCUUCCUGGGUGUGAUCCGACACCUCUACCCCUCAACAAAAGUAACUGAUUGCUGGAGCCAGAUUGCACCUCCUGGGGUCAGAAGACCAUAGACUGCCAGGACAUUGGGCAAGUCAUUUAAUCUCUUUAUGCCUCAUGGCUUCCUGUUAAGAUAGGGAAAAUGAUGGGGUUGUUAUGAGGUUAUAAAUGAGGUUAUGAGACUAUAAAUGGAUUGAGAAUUGUGAAGUGCUUGGAACAGGCCUGGCACAGAGUAGGUGCUUUUGUCAUUGUUAAAGUUUCUUAACAUUCUUCAGUUUCCAAAUCUGUGAAGUGGGGAUGAUGUUAUUGACCUUACAGGGCUGUAGGGAAGGCUCGUUGGAACAAUUAGUAGUAAUAAUAUCAAUAUCAACAUUUAUUGAACAUUUUCUACGGGCCUGGCAUUGUUGUAAAAGCUUUCUAUGAAUUAGCUUGUUGAAUCUUCCUAACGAUCCAAUAGUCUCGAUAAUAAUCCUGACAUGAUCCCCAUUUUCCAGAUGAGAAAAUCAGGUUGAUCAAGGUCACACGAUGAGGAAAGAGCAGUCAAGAUCUGAGCCUAGUGGUGGCAGUCACUGCUUCCGAAGUCCUUGGGUGCCAGCAUGCUGUCCUUGCUGUUUAUUUAGUAUAUUAUCUAGUUUCAUCCUCAUAACAACCCUACAGGGAUGGUAUUAUUAUCCUACUUAUCCUUAUAUUGUAGCUGAAGGUGCUGCAGCCCAAAAGGGUAGGUGAUCUUUCUGGGGACACCCAGCAUGAGUUUGUGACACCAGCAUUCAGAUCCUGCAUCUGCAGGGGCCCCGAUCGGGGGAUUUCUGGCUUCUCUUUGCAUUUAUCUAAUACAAGGAGUUCUCACCUCUCAUGGCACUUAUCACUCCAGCCGUUGGGAAGCUCUCCCUUAGGACAAGCUGAAAUCUGCCCCCUCUGAGUUCUGGGCCUCAGCAAUACUAGUCCUCAUCUCCUCCUCCCCUGGACAUGGUUUUGGGCCCCUUCUUGUCCCCCACCCUGCUGUAGAUGAUCUAUGUCCCUUUCAUAGGUCAGAGGUCAGAUCUGGCCAAUCUACAGAAAGGGAUUGAGUUGAGUGUCACCUCCCUUUCCUGGGCACCCACUCCUAGUGACCAAAACCUUCAGCCCUAGCCUGGUAGGGGUGGAAACUCCAGGUGAGAUCUAUAUUCAGGAUGUUGACUUUUUGAACCGAAAUGAAGUGGCUAGUGGUUUCAGAGACCAGCUCCAGAUGUGCUCUCAUCCCCACCUGCCUCCUGUUUGGGGAAGUGGAACUUCUCUGGAUUUCUCAGGGUUCCGGUAAAAAGCCCUAUCUUCCUGAGACUCUUCAUAUAACCAGAAUCCUUCAUAUAACCAGGAUUAAUUGCUCUAAUCCAAAAGAAUGAUAAAACCUCACUUAUCUCUUCCCGAGAGGCCCAAAUCAUUACAGCCCGAACAAAGUUCCUAGGUUAAGACCCCAAGGUGCCAGGGAGCCUGGAGCAGCUCCCUCAGCGGGCCAGCAUGAAACAUGCAAGAACUUCAACGGUUCAAGAAGGAAUGAGCCCCAGAACUCAGACAAGUCAUAAAAGCAGAGGUGUGCUAGGAGCUAUCUGACUCCUGGGGAGAUUUGUUUACUUGCCAAAAAGUUGGAGUAAGAAGAUCUUUAAGGGGGGCUUCCCUGGUGGUCCAGUGGUUAAGACUCCACACUUCCAUUGCAGGGGCCAUGGGUUCGAUUCCUGGUCAGGAGCUAAGAUUCCUCAUGUUGCAAGGCGUGGCCAAAAAAAAAGACUUUUAAGGAGGGAAGGGGGACAGCUGCUUCCUUCUCCUUUAUAAGCAGGGAAAAUAAUUCUUCCUUGAUUCUCACGUACGGGGUGUCUGGCUACUCUCAUGGGACAAUUGACCUGGCUCUUGUCGAAGCUCAGACUAACAGAGACGGAGAGUGGUCGAGGGAGAAAUGAACAAAUCCAGGAAAAGGCUGAGAGGCCAGUGGAGGACAGAGUGAGUCUCUGUAUUUAUUCAUUCACUAAGUAUUUACUGAGCACCUGCUGUGUGCCACAGACUUUGUUCAAAGUUGGAGAUGAGCAGUGAACAAAAUUUAUAUUCUGGUAGGAGGAGACAGACAAGAAACCAACAAGUAAAAUAUAUCAUGUGUCAGAUCAUGAUAAAUGUUAUGGAGAAAAAUAAAAAGGGGAAGGGAGAUGUGAGAUUUAAAAUCAGGGAGGUAGGAAAAGCCCCACUGAAAAAGUGACAUGGGGUAAAGAUCUGAGGGAGGAGGGGGAGGCAGCCACGAAAUAACUGGGGUUUGAAAGAGUGUUCCAGGCAGAGGGGAGAGAAAUGCAAAGGCCGAGGCGGGAGUGAGCAGAGGGAGAGGUGAGUGAUGACUAGGGUGUGAGGACUUUGGUGUUUUUUUUUUUUUUUUUUUUGCGGUAUGUGGGCCUCUCACUGUUGUGGCCUCUCCUGUUGCGGAGCACAGGCUCCGGACGCGCAGGCUCAGCGGCCAUGGCUCACGGGCCCAGCCGCUCCGUGGCAUGUGGGAUCUUCCCGGACCGGGGCACAAACCUGUGUCCCCUGCAUCGGCAGGCGGACUCUCAACCACUGCGCCACCAGGGAAGCCCCUAGGACUUUGGUUUUUAAAUUGAGAUUUGAAGGAUAAGCCUUGAGGCUCUCGGCUGCAGGCUCUGGAUCUAGUUCAUUCAUUUAUUCAGCUGUCCCUCUAUCAUUCAUUUUCCAAGCACUUAGGGAGGCCCACUUUGCCCCACAGCUUGUGCUGAGCACUUGGAGACACCAACAGGGAAAAGGCUCUCCCCUCAGCCCUGCAGGAAUAAAAACUUUCAGGGUUGGGGGAGGUUCUAUUCUCCCGCAUGUGGAAAUAAUACUGCCGGUGUGACUUUGGAGAGCCUUAAGCCUGGGGAAUAAGUGGGUGACAAGCUGGGGAGGGGGCCACAGGCAGGGAACGGGGGAGGCUGGAGAGUGCGGAGGCUGGGGUGAGGGAGAAAGAGGAGACUCCCUUCAAUCAUGUUUCUGUCUUUUCCGUGGUAUGAGAGGCCCUGUCUCUGCUGGCUCUGAGCUCUGGCUCCAGGCUGGGCAGGGGAGAGGACAGUGGGAUGGGCCAGGACAGGUGGCCUUGACAUGUGAUGCUUGUCCGCUGACAGCUCAGUCCUCACUUUUAGAACGGUUUCCAGAAGUGAUGGAAGGGGAUGGGCAGGGCAGCUAAAUAUAGUCCUGGGGCCAGAGGUCAGUCUGGGAGGGUCUGUCUGCUAUUCAAUGCGGGCCCAUCUUCCGUGGUGUCCCUUGUCCUCGGUCUGAGCUCGGUGCUUCCUUCUCACCUGUCUUCAGACACAGAUCUGACCCACCCACAGUUAGGCCUGACCUUGACUGGGCCUCUUGCAAGUCUCUCUUUGUCCAAGAUCUCCAACCAGACCUGCCCGCAAUGUCGGCUGCACCCGGCCUCCUGCACCAGGAGCUGUCCUGCCCGCUGUGCCUGCAGCUGUUCGACGCGCCCGUGACAGCCGAGUGCGGCCACAGCUUCUGCCGCGCCUGCCUGGGCCGCGUGGCAGGGGAGCCGGCCGCGGACGGCACGGUGCUCUGCCCGAGCUGCCAGGCACCCACGCGGCCGCAGGCGCUCAGCACCAACCUGCAGCUGGCGCGCCUGGUGGAGGGGCUGGCGCAGGUGCCGCAGGGCCACUGCGAAGAGCACCUAGACCCGCUGAGCAUCUACUGCGAGCAGGACCGCGUGCUCGUGUGCGGCGUGUGCGCCUCGCUCGGUUCGCAUCGCGGCCACCGCCUGCUGCCCGCCGCCGAAGCCCAUGCGCGCCUCAAGACGCAGCUCCCACAGCAGAAGCUGCAGCUGCAGGAGGCAUGUAUGCGGAAGGAGAAGAGUGUGGCUGUGCUGGAGCAUCAGCUGGUGGAGGUGGAGGAGACAGUGCGUCAGUUCCGGGGGGCCGUGGGAGAGCAGCUGGGCAAGAUGCGGUUGUUCCUGGCUGCACUGGAGGGCUCCUUGGACCGCGAAGCUGAACGUGUACGGGGUGAGGCAGGGGUGGCCUUGCGGCGGGAGCUGGGGAGCCUGAACUCUUACCUGGAGCAGCUGCGGCAGAUGGAGAAGGUGCUGGAGGAGGUGGCAGACAAGCCACAGACUGAGUUCCUCAUGAAAUACUGCCUGGUGACCAGCAGGCUGCAGAAGAUCCUGGCAGAGUCACCAUCACCUGCCCGUCUGGACAUCCAGCUGCCCGUCAUCUCAGAUGACUUCAAAUUCCAGGUGUGGAGGAAGAUGUUCCGAGCUCUGAUGCCAGCGCUGCAGGAGCUGACCUUUGACCCGAGCACGGCCCACCCAAGCCUGGUGCUGUGUGCCUCGGGCCGCCGUGUGGAGUGCUCGGAGCAGAAGGCGCCGCCGGCCGGAGAGGACCCGCGCCAGUUCGACAAGGCCGUGGCGGUAGUGGCGCACCAGCUGCUCUCCGAGGGCGAGCACUACUGGGAGGUGGAGGUGGGCGACAAGCCGCGCUGGGCGCUGGGCGUGAUCUCGGCCCAGGCCGGUCGCCGCGGCCGGCUGCAAGCGGUGCCCUCGCAGGGGCUCUGGCUGCUCGGGCUGCGUGAAGGCAAGAUCCUGGAGGCUCAUGUCGAGGCUAAGGAGCCCCGCGCCCUGCGCACCCCCGAGAGGCGGCCGACGCGCAUCGGGAUCUACCUGAGCUUCUGCGAUGGCGUCCUCUCCUUCUACGACGCCAGCGACCCCGACGCACUCGAGCUGCUCUUCGCCUUCCACGAGCGCCUGCCCGGGCCUGUGUACCCCUUCUUCGACGUGUGCUGGCACGACAAGGGCAAGAACACUCAGCCGCUGCUGCUCGUGGGGCCCGACGGCGGUGGCGAGGCCUGAGCCACUCGCCGGGUUUGGGGAGGGGUGCGGGGCCCUGCCGGCCUGGAAGGAGAGACGGGUCGGGUUGCCGGGCUUGAAGGCAGGGCGGAGGGGGUUGGGGACCGGGGACUCCAAGCGUUCUGAGAACUUUGGGGUUGGCAUGAACAGGGGACUGCCAGCCAGGGGUUGGGGUGGUGGUGGGAAAGGGAGAUCUGAAGUCAGGUCAGUGGGGGAACUCCACUUGGGGAACCAGGAAAGCCCAAGGGUUCUGGGAAGAAACAGAUUGGGGAAGGGUCAGGGGGCUUGGGGAGAAUUGCGGGGAGGAGCUGGAGAACUCUGUAGAGCAGCGGUCCGCAACCUUUUUGGCACCAGGGACCGGUUUUGUGGAAGACAAUUUUUCCACGGAUGGGGGUUGGGGGCGGGGGUGUGGGGGAUGGUUCAGGCGGUAAUGCCAACGAUGGGGAGCGCAGAUGAAGCUGCGGCUGGCUUGCGUGCAGCCCACCUCCUGCUGUGCGGCCCCGGUUCCUAACGGGCCACAGACUGCCACUGGUCUGUGGCCCUGGGGGUUGGGGAGCCCUGAUGUAGAGUAAGGAGCCCCUGCAGCCUCACACUCCGCUCCCCCUUGGGGGCCUCCACUGCCAGGGUCCAGACUCACUGUAGCAAGAGGCCUUCCACUUGGUGAUUCCCCAACUGGAGCAUGCAUCAAUAUCACCUUUUCAAAGCACCUAAGAGUUCUGGUUCAGUACGCCAGGGCAGGUCAAAAAUGUGCCUUUCUAACAAGUCCACAGGGGGCACUGAUGCUACAGGUCACAAGCAGGAUCACACCUGAAGCAUUGCUGACUUAGCUAGCCCUCCUUCUGUUCAGUCAGCUCUCUGUUAUAGAGAGUCAGUUAUCACAUAGCUAUCAGCUAUGAGGCAUGGAAAACCCAAAACAUAUUCCUCCAUGCAACAGCUGUUUAAAAACUGCCACAGGGCUUCCCUGUGGAAGCCAUUAACAGUGGUUAAGAAUCCACCUGCCAAUGCAGGGGACACGGGUUCGAACCCUGGUCCGGGAAGAUCCCACAUGCCACGGAGCAACUAAGCCUGUGUGCCACAACUACUGAGUCCGCGCGCCUAGAGCCUGUGCUCUGCCACAAGAGAAGCCACUGCAAUGAGAAGCCCACGCACCGCAAUGUAGAGUAGCCCCUGCUCGCUGCAACUAGAGAAAGCCCGCGCUCAGCAACGAAGACCCAAAGCAGCCAAAAGUAAAAACAAACAAAUAAAUUAAUUAAUUAAAAAAAAAAAACCCACCAGAGCCUGUGCUGGGUGAAUAAACUGACCCCCAAUUUUUUGCCCUUUGUCUCUGGAAUAUGUUUACUGAGUGUCUAGGACAUGGAAGAAAUUCCCCAAGUUGCCAACAAAGAGAAAGAGCCUGAAGCUAGCCCUGCCCUGGGCCCUGGAGGAUAGAAGCUCCCACCUCAUCACAUCCCCCACCCCGCAGUUGCCUCCUCAAAAGCCAACUUUUUUUUUUUUUUUUUAACUCAAAGCCCUGUUUCUUGGGUUUUGGAGUAACCACUGAAGCCAAGAGUGGGAGUCCCUCUUUCCUGGAGGGAGAGGUUUUUGGGGACUCAGGCAGGUGGGACAGGUGGCUGCUGCCUCUCUCAUCCUAAGGGAGGGUGAAGGCCUGCAGCCAUGCAUUGUCACCAGUGGGCCUGCUGCUGCUGUGUGAAAAGGCCUGGGGCCCCCUGGCAACUGUGGGGAUUUUCUGGGGGUGGGGGGAGAGGAAGGUGGGCAGGAUAAGAAAGGCCUCAAGACCUGGCUGGGGGUGCACUCCUGGCUGCGUCUCACAGAGGAGGGCCUCUUGGGCCCUGGCUCUGGGACACAGAAGAGAGGAUUCAUUUGAGAAGCUCUUUCAUGCUAGAAAAUAAAACCAUAAAGUAAAGGGAUUCUUUGGUUGUCGAAUCCAGCAGCAUGAAUAAACGCGAUUAUAUUCCGACUCCUUCCUCAUUGAAUCUGUGUGAAGAGAUGAAUGACCUAUUGCUAGGCAGUAUCCUCUCAUGGCCAGUCCAGCCUUCAGUCUUGAUCCAUCAAAUCUUUUUAAAAACCCAACUGUGGUCAUGUGAUUCAGUUGCUCAAAACUUUCAAGGACUCCUAGUUUCCUGCAGGAAGAAGCCCCCAGUCUUUGGCCUGGCUGCCCGCGCGUGCCGCUCGGCUUGUGCGAUCUUAGUUCCCUGACCAGGGAUUGAACCCGAGCCCUCGGCAGUGAAAGUGGAGUCCUAACCGCUGGACAGGGAAUCCCCCCUCCAGCCUCAUCUUGUGCCUCGUGUACACAUACGCCUAUACUCUGGCCCUACUGAACUCUUGGGGUCCCUGUACACCCCAUAUUAUGCAAGUCUCCACAAGGAAUGGCUUUUCCUUCCCCCAUUCAUCCUACAAGUUUCUCCAGAAACACAUUUGUUAGCUUCUCUUGAUCCCAGCACCUCUGUACAAUGUGCAACCACUGCACUGAAUCCCCAUCAUGGGUGCCUGGGGAGGGCUGGAGGCUCUUGGGCCCAAGAGCCUCCAGCCCUUUUCUAGGAAAUGGGUACUCUGAGACACAGAUGCCAAGACAGGAUUAAAUGUGCAAGGAUUUUUUUCUGAGGGAAGGCGCCUGUGAGAGAGAAAAUGGGGCCGUCAGAUUGUGAUGCCCGUCUGACCCCGAGUGAAGGAGAGAGAGAAGGUUGGGUGGAUGUGUCCUUGACUGUUGUGGGGACUCCUCCAGAGAGCUGCCCCCGUGAGGGGCCAUGGGUGUCCCUGCCUUGCUUGAGGGGGCAGACUGCGGGGACAGGUCUCAUGGCUCUCAGCGGCUGCCCUCAGACAUUUGCUCCACUGAGUUGGAGUUACAGCGGGCAAUUUUCUUUUGUUGGAAUUACAGUGGGAAACUUCCUUUUCACAGCCUUCACAGGUUCUUUGUGUGUAAAGUCAGCCUGGCUUGGCUGUGUGCAUUGAGAGAAAUGACCCGGUGACCUUCCCCAUGGCUGACUGAGUGAGAGAUGGAGUCCCUGAGCCAAAGGCAGUUGUGAUGGGACGAGUGUGUGGGAAACUCUGCGUGAUCCUUGUUGGAUGGAGGUCACCUGGUUCAGUCAGGAUCUCCCUGGGGCUGGAGGAAGGGGAAAUGGGAACAGAGAUGUGGAUCCCUCCAGCAAAGGAUCAGAAUCUCUUCUUUUAGUAUUAAUAUUUCCCCCUUUGUGGACACUUUGGGAACCCAUUGCAACUGGCUGCAGAGCGGUUUGCUGUGCCUCCUGACUUCUGUGUGUCCAAGAACAAACGGUCAUGCUAAACUGCGGGCAAAAACAUUUAUUGAGAGCUUGUUUUGUGUCAAUAACUUUGUAUUCAAUAUUUCAUUUAUCCUCAUAACCCUAGGCCUCACGACAACUAGCAUCUCACUAGGCUGCCAGGCUCGGUUGCCUCUUUCCCGGGGUUCGAGUAUCCCUGGGAACAUGAUGGUCUGACCCUGAAGGAUGUACCACAGGUGCAUGGUAUGUCCUGGAGCCUCACCUUUACGCCAAGAUCCUUCUUCUUUUUCUUGAUAAUGGCGGUGGUGGUGGGAAAGUUGUGUUAUUCAACCAAUAGGUAAACAUUGAAAACAUCAUGUUUGUAUCAAAAGAAACAUUAUGGAGUACAGAAUUUGCGCAGAUUUUUGAGAUUAAACAAGAGAUGUCCACAAA